AAAUGGCGCGACUCCCGGGACCGGCCCUCAAACGACGCGUGGCACGUGAUUCCCCUUGUAGUCAACCAUCUCCAACGAGCUCCAGCGUUGCCUUGAUAUCGGCGAUGGAGUUUCCCAGCAUGACCAGAAAAUAUAGCGAUGAGGAAAAGUCCCAGCUUAUCGCGAAUCUUAAUCUCGAGGUCGCCCAUCGUACUCGUCAGCUCCGGUCGUGGCUCUCGGGUGGGCUCGAAAACUUCAAGAUACAUCAGGAAGGACAUGUUUCCCGGAUACCGAAGCAGAUUCGCGGAAUGACGAUGCGCGAGUUUGGUGAGAAGUACAACGGAAACGUGCAGGCUGCUUUGCGGGGUGUACAGCGAGAGAAGAUGGCUAGUGCAGGCAACGAUCCUGCCUUUGGAGAGAUCGAUAAGGGUAUGCGGAAGAGAAAAUGGUUGGCGAGUCAGGAUCAGGAAACUAUGGUAGAACCGUCUGAGCCAAGAGCUGUGAAGAAUGCUCGCUUGGAAUCUCCACAACGACAACCUGGCUCAUCUACUGGUCCUGGUACUGCUCAACGAGCGCGUCUUUUAUCGGGGGUAACAAAAACACCUGGCAAGUCACAGGGUCGCCCGCUGCCUCGUGUUCCACAAUCUCCCAGUCCUCAGAAAUCGAAGCCACCUUUCAAUGCUGGCCCGGGUGCCGCCUUCCAAUCCAAGUUACCUUCGCCCACUAAACCCAAGUCAAAUAAUCCUCUUACCCGUUCUCGAGUCCCUUCACUAUCCACGUUCAACCCUACGUUGCCACCCAAAACGCCGGGUUAUCCAGGGAGCAAGCCUCCGAAUAGUAAUGUCAUACGCAUGCCUCGAAGAGAUGAAAGUAUGCUCAGCGUGAAUGGCUCACCGUUAGCUAAUCCCUUCGAGUUUGGCAUGAAGUGGGUGAAAGGAGCGAACGGUAGUGCAGAAGAGAUUACGCCCGACACUAGCAGGCCUACACUCAAACGGACGAAAAGCAAUAUUACUAUCUCUCGGGAUCCUUCGUUCAAUGCGAAUACCCUACACUCGCGGUCACGGUCACAGAGCAGCCUGCGCCCUUCGUCCUCCCAGCCUUCAUCUACCGCACUUUCGCGGACAAACUCUGACGCGACGCUUCCGUCGUCCCAACCAAGUCCCUCACAUAACCUGUUCACCCCCACUCGUGCACAACCGACACCGUUCCCUAAGGACUCGGAUCCUCCGCCACUUCAAAUACCCACUCUGACGAGGUCCUACUCAGUCACAAUAUCGACCAAGGACGGUCACCUUUUAGAGUUUGAUCCUCUGCAGGCUUCGCCUGGCUCCCUUGAUGCCCUUGAGGGCAUCUCAUCCAGUGCUAAGAAGCAGGCAAGAGAAGAGAUGGGUCGGCUUGUGCAAGCUGCUGUUGACAAGUGGAAGAUACGUUGAGAGGCACGCGCAUUAUUUGACCUUUAUUUAUUUCGUUCCUUCUAUACUUACACGUUUUUUUAUCUGUUCUCGAAUACCACCAUCUCUGCAUCUGUAGAAACACGCAACGCGACUGUAAUGUAUUAUUGUUCGUGGACAAUCCGAGCUCUCAGUGUAUGAUGC